AUGGAGCUAUUUAUAUUGGAGAAUUGGAAUAAAAAUAGCCUAGGGCCCGGGUUUGGGCUGCAGCUGUUUACUGAUGGUUCUCAAUAUGAAGGGUAUUUGAUAAAAAAUAAAGCAAAUAUAAAAGGAAGAUUAGUCCGUGUCAAUUGAGAUGUCUAUGAAGGCGAGAGGAAGAAUGACAAGGCUUGUGGAUACGGAAUUUAUGCAUAUAUUUGCGGGGCAAGAUAUGAAUUAACUGAAAAACUGAUGAACAAAAUGACACAGGGACUGAGUAUCAGCCUAAUGGAUGAAAAUAUCAUGGAGAGUAUUUAA